AAAACUUGAUUUUGAUCACAGAAGGAAACAUGACACACAUUAAAGCAACAGAGAGACGUCUGUAAACUUGUUUCCUCUCCAGAUGAAGGUGUGGACUCUGCUAUGAGUCAGUGUGAGGACAGAGAGGAGGGAGUCCCUCCCUCUAAAGCCACUCUGUGUGGGGAACAUGACAGCCAGACCAAAGCUCAGAGCCCAGAGAAGCAGGACGGACCUGGACCUGGACCUGGACCUGAACAUGGACCUGGACCUGGACCUGGACCCAGCUGUGUGUCCAUGAAAAGUGAUUGGUCUAUGGGUGGUUUGAUAGACUUCAAAGAUGGACGCCACUCUGUUGAUCAAAGUGUUUCCUCUCCAGAUGAAGGUGUGGACUCUGCUAUGAGUCAGUGUGAGGACAGAGAGGAGGGAGUCCCUCCCUCUAAAGCCACUCUGUGUGGGGAACAUGACAGCCAGACCAAAGCUCAGAGGAGGAACCUGGAAGAACCUGAACCCAGCUGUGUGUCCAUGAAGAGUGACCGGUCUAUCGGUGGUUUAAUAGACUUCAAAGAUGGACGCCACUCUGUUGAUCAAAGAGUGAACCAGGAGAGCUCAGAGGUUCCCAGUGGUCAGUCUGCCCAGCAGCAUCAAACACACCUGGACUCCAUAUUUAUGCUGCUGGAGGAGGAGAUCGGGAUGUUUGUGAAGAAUGAGCUGAAGAAGAUCCAGAAGGUUCUGAGUCCAGAUUACCCAGAAUGCUUAGAGAGUCAGAGGGAGAAUGAGGAGGUGAUGGAGGGUGAGGAUGAAGAGCAGAGGAGGAGCAGCAGAGAGGCAUUUCUGAAGAUCACACUGCACUUCCUGAGGAGAAUGAAGCAGGAGGAGCUGGCUGACCGUCUGCAGAGCAGAAAUCCUGCUGCAGGUGGUAGGCGUAAACUUAAAUCUAACCAGCAGAAGAAGUUCCAGUGUGUGUUUGAGGGGAUUGCUAAAGCAGGAAACCCAACCGUUCUGAAUCAGAUGUUCACAGAGAUCUACAUCACAGAGGGAGGGACUGCAGAGGUCAAUGAUGAACAUGAGGUCAGACAGAUUGAAACAGCAUCCAGGAAACCAGACAGACCAGAUACAAGAAUCAGACGAGAAGACAUCUUUAAAACCCCACCUGGAAGAGAAGUACCAGUCAGAACAGUGAUGACAAAGGGAGUGGCUGGCAUCGGGAAAACAGUCUUAACACAGAAGUUCACUCUGGACUGGGCUGAAGACAAAGCCAACCAGGACAUCCAGUUCACAUUUCCAUUCACCUUCAGAGAGCUGAAUGUGCUGAAAGAUAAAAAGUACAGCUUGGUGGAACUUGUUGAUUACUUCUUUAGUGAAACCAAAGAAGCAGGAAUCUGCAGGUUUGAAGAGGUCAUGUUCAUCUUUGACGGUCUGGAUGAGUGUCGACUUCCUCUGGACUUCCUCAACACUGAGAUCCUGACUGAUGUUACAGAGUCCACCUCAGUGGGUGUGCUGCUGACCAACCUCAUCAGGGGGAAACUGCUUCCCUCUGCUCGCCUCUGGAUAACCACACGACCUGCAGCAGCCAAUCAGAUCCCUCCUGAGUGUGUUAACAUAGUGACAGAGAUCAGAGGGUUCACUGACCUUCAGAAGGAGGAGUACUUCAGGAAGAGAUUCAGAGAUGAGGAGCAGGCCCAAAGAAUCAUCUCCCACAUCAAGACAUCACGAAGCCUCCACAUCAUGUGCCACAUCCCAAUCUUCUGCUGGAUCACUGCUACAGUUCUGGAGGACAUGUUGAAGACCAGAGAGGGAGGAGAGCUGCCCAAGACCCUGACUGAGAUGUACAUCCACUUCCUGGUAGUUCAGUCCAAAGUGAAGAACAUCAAGUAUGAUGGAGGAGCUGAGACAGAUCCACACUGGAGUCCAGAGAGCAGGAAGAUGAUCAAGUCUCUGGGAAAACUGGCUUUUGAGCAGCUGCAGAAAGGCAACCUGAUCUUCUAUGAAUCAGACCUGACAGAGUGUGGCAUCGAUAUCAGAGCAGCCUCAGUGUACUCAGGAGUGUUCACAGAGAUCUUUAAAGAGGAGAGAGGUCUGUACCAGGACAAGGUGUUCAGCUUCAUCCAUCUGAGUGUUCAGGAGUUUCUGGCUGCUCUUCAUGUCCAUCUGACAUUCACCAACUCUGGAGUCAACCUGCUGUCAGAAGAACAAAAAACAUCAGCACGUUUCUACCAGAGUGCUGUGGACAAGGCCUUACAGAGUCCAAAUGGACACCUGGACUUGUUCCUCCGCUUCCUCCUGGGUCUUUCACUGCAGACCAAUCAGACUCUUCUGCGAGGUUUGCUGACACAGACAGGAAGUAGCUCACAGAUCAAUAAGAAAACAGUCAAGUACAUCAAGGAGAAGAUCACUGAGAAUCUGUCUGCAGAGAGAAGCAUCAAUCUGUUCCACUGUCUGAAUGAACUGAAUGAUCGUUCUCUAGUGGAGCAGAUCCAACAGUCCCUGAGUUCAGGAAGUCUCUCCACAGAUAAACUGUCUCCUGCUCAGUGGUCAGCUCUGGUCUUCAUCUUACUGUCAUCAGAAGAAGAUAUGGAUGGGUUUGACCUGAAGAAAUACUCUGCUUCAGAGGAGGCUCUUCUGAGGCUGCUGCCAGUGGUCAAAGCCUCCAAAAAAGCUCUGCUGAGUGGCUGUAACCUGUCAGAGAAAAGCUGUGAAGCUCUGUCCUCAGUUCUCAGCUCCCAGUCCUCUAGUCUGAGAGAGCUGGACCUGAGUAACAACAAUCUGCAGGAUUCAGGAGUGAAGCAGUUGUCGGCUGGACUGAAGAGUCCACACUGCACACUGGAAACCCUCAGUCUGUCAGGCUGUCUGGUCUCAGAGGAAGGUUCUACUUCUCUCGCCUCAGCUCUGAGUUCCAACCCCUCCAAUCUGAGAGUGCUGGACCUGAGCUACAAUCAUCCAGGAGACUCAGGAGUGAAGCUGCUGUCAGCUGGACUUAAGGAUCCAAACUGGAGACUAGAAAUUCUCAGGACGGACCAUGGUGGACUGCAGUGGUUGAAACCUGGUCUGAGGAAGUAUGUCUGUGAACUGGAACUGGACACAAACACAUUAAACGGAAAACUCAAACUGUCUGACAGCAACAGGAAGGUGACAAAUGUGGAGGAGGAUCAGUCAUAUCCUGAUCAUCCAGAAAGAUUUUACUUCUGUCCUCAGCUGCUGUGUAGAGAUGGUCUGACUGGUCGCUGUUACUGGGAGGUCGAGAAGAGAGGAAGAGUUUAUAUAUCAGUGAGUUACAGAGAAAUCAGCAGGAGAGGAGACAGUAAAGACUGUGUGUUUGGAGGGAAUGAUCAAUCCUGGAGUCUGAGGUGCGAUGAUGUUGGUUACUCUGUCUGGCACAAUAACAGCUAUACAGCCCUCCUUUCCUCCUCUGUCUCUGAUAGAGUAGCAGUGUAUGUGGACUGUCCUGCUGGCUCUCUGUCCUUCUACUCAGUCUCCUCUGACUCACUGAUCCACCUCCACACCUUCAACACCACAUUCACUCAGCCUCUCUAUCCUGGGUUUUUGCUCUGGUCAGCUGGUUCCUCAGUGUCUCUGUGUCCUCUGCAGGACUGAGCGUCUCUCCUGUAGACAGAAAGACAGAAAGUUAUAGAUAGAUAUAUAGAUAUGUAUUAUCUUGUAUGUUUUUAUGUAAAGGACAUUAUGAUUCUCUAUUUGUGAAGUGUUCUUUAAAUAAAGCUAUGUUGAAUUAAUCAGAAAGCAGCAACGAUUCAUAAGAAAAACUUAAAUUUGUGUUUAACAUAUUUUUUGUAAUUCAUCCAUCCUCGUUAUAUGUUUGUAAACAUAACACUGAAGUAUAUGUUGCCAUGUUUUGCUGGCUAUACUCUGCAUUUUGCUUCAUUGAAGAUGGGGGCCUUAGUGCUGCAUUGUGUACCAUGUAUUGUGUAGUGAGUUGGUCUGGUUCCUCAGUGUCUCUGUGUCCUCUGCAGGACUGAGAGUCUCUCCUGUGGACAGAAACACUGACUGAAGAUUAGCUGCUGAAAUCAAAGUUCAGUCUGUUCACCAUCACACACUACAGACCAAACAUUAAUCAUUUUUGCCAAUAAAUCACAUGUCAAUUUAAACAUUCGAGCCCAUCUAUCUCUAUUAGACCUCGCAGCAUAGUGUCCUCUUUGACAAACAAAAUACAGAUUAUAAAGACAAGACCUGGGGAAGUACAGCAGUUAAACUGUCUGCUCUUUAUGAAUUACUCUUUACUUGUACUUCCCUUUGUUUUGUGUUACUUAGUUUUGAAUAUGUAUUUUCUUGUAUGUUUUGAUGUAAAGCACAUUAUGAUUCUAUCUGUUAAAAGUGUUCUUUAAAUAAAGCUAUGCUGAAUUUGUCAUGUUUUUGUCCUUGUCAAGUUUCUGUGUUUUAGUUGGUUUCAUGUUUUCUGUUUGUUUUCAUGGACUUCCUGUUUUAUUUUGAAAUCCACUGUUUGGUUACAUCCCUGGUCACUUGUCUUCCUGUCUUUGUUUGUUUCCCGCCUUUUAUGUUCAUCUGCCCCCGCUGUAAGGUGA